AUGACCACCCUCCUCCCCUUCCUCCUCUCCCUUCCCUUCCUACCAAUAACAUCAACAACCCCAACCUCAACCCUCAACAUAGCAGCCCACCAAGACGACACCAUCCUCUUCCAAAGCCCCUCUCUAAUCCGCAGCCUCCACUUCCUCACCACCAAUACCACCGCCCAAAGCCCAAAGUCUCCCCGCCAUCUAACCAUCUUCCUCACCGCCGGCGACGCCGGCAACACAUCCACCUACUGGCUCUCUCGCGAGUCCGGAAUCCGCGCAUCCUACGCGACCAUGCUCUCCGCACCAAACACCUGGAUCGAGAGCUCCACCGACGCAGAGGUCCCGGGCCAUAGCGUGGCGAUGUUCACGCUAUCCACGUACCCUGUUUCGUUGGCUUUCUUGCGUCUUCCGGAUGGGUUCUUGGAUGGGAGGGGGUUUGAGAGGACGGGGAAUCGGAGUCUGAGGAGGUUGUGGGACGGGGAGGUUCAGAGUUUACAGGCUUUAGCUGUUGAUGGGUUGGGAGAAGAUGGAGGUAGAGAGGGAGGGGGGAAGGGAGAGGUGUAUACGAAUGAGACGGUGGUGAGUGUGCUAGGCGGCCUGGUGAGAGCGUUCAAGCCCGAGGUAGUGAGUUUGCAGAAUUACAAGAGCGGGGAGGGAGACCAUAGUGAUCAUUUCUACGGGGCGAGGUUCGCAAGGGAGGCGGUUCGGUGGGCGUUUCCUGAUUAUGAUUCUGGCUCUGGCUCUGGGGAGGGAGGGGUGAAGGUUAUAGGCUACGUUGGAUAUCCGGUCAUCGAGCGGCCGGAGAACGUAAGGGGGGAGGAGCUGGAGGAGAAGAACGCGGCGUUCUAUGCGUACGCGAAGCAUGACUGGAUGACUUGUGAGAGUGACGAGGAUUGCGUGGGGAAAUAUGAGGUGCGGUGGUUGACGAGGGAGUAUACCAUCUGA